AAGUGUGGGAUAGAGUAUAUAUAUGAGUUACAGAAGAGGAAGAGUUUCUUCAACAAAUACUCACGGAGAGACGCUCCAACGCAUCAUAAGCGAUAACUGCACUCACUAGUAUUCAACAAAUACAAAUUUACUUGAAAUUGAGAUUUCAAGGUUGGUAAAUUUGCUUCUUUAGAAGAUCACUGAAGGUGUGUGACUGUGUGGUUCUGCAUUCCCAGGUGCCCCUUUUCAGAUUGGAUCGACAUGGAAUUUCGUAAUUUUGACACAAGAUGCACUGGGGAGUUAUUGAAGCACAUGGACAGGCAGAAUGAGGUCCUUAUGCAAGCAUAUAGAUCCAUGUUCCAUGAAUUGCGGAAACUUCAGGUUGAAGAAGAAAUGCUUAUGCGCAAGAUGCAUGAAGUUAUGUCAGCUCAUGAUCCCACUAAAAGUGCAGAUGAAGAAGAACCAGUUGCUCCUGAAGCAGUACUAGCAACUAGAGAAGGGGAGCGAAAUGGCAAGACAAUUGCUGAAGCUCAACUGGUAGGGGAGGCUACUUGGGAGGCAUCAGAGACAGAAACGAUCAAAGAGAAGCUCCCUUCUCUCUGCGUUGAGGAAAAUGCAGAAAUUAGAGAGGGUGAUAUUGAUGGGAACCCAGUUCCUAUGGUUCUUGGACAGUCUACAAUUGAGAAACCUCUUAAGGUCUACACUAGGAGGCCAAAGGCCCAAGUGCCUAAAGGUUAGCACAAUCUCACAGGAAUCACUAUUGGGGGGGAGGGAGGAAUUAGUUAUGGAAAGAGAAAAGGAGGUAGAAUCUGAUAUAUAGGGGGAGAGAGAAUAAGUGAGGGGUAUGUUCUGAGAUUAUUGUUGAUAGGAACCUAAAGGUGUGUCUCUGGCUUGGGGGCUUGGCCCUUAUUUUCUUGUAAUUCCUUCAUCAUAUGCACAGUAAUACAAUUCCAUUUCAGAUAGGAAUAGUUCACAUCAUUAUCAUUAGCCUUAGAGGGAAGGAAGUGGGGGAACUGUUUUUGUACAAAGGAAGUUAGGAAAACUGGUGGAUACAUUUGCUUUGAAAUUUGUGAGUUGUGACCGAGGCAGUUCUCUCAAUGUGAGGGACACUGAAUCCUGUGUCAUUUAGUUUCCUUUCGUGUUCUUUCUAAAUUCCUAAGCGGAGACUUGUAUUUGUUCUGUUAUACUUUGGGAUUUCAAUCAAUAUAAACCAUUAGCAAUUUCCCUUUAA